GUGUGAGGACUACGGAUUCCAGCAGGCCCCGCGCGGCCGCCAUCGCUGGGCCCAGCGGGGAUUUCCUGGGACGGCGGCGGCGACCCUAUGGCGGAGCGAGUCUGAGCGCAGCCCGGCCCGGCAUGGCGGCCGCGGAGGCGGCGCCGCCCCCCGGUGAGGUGAAGCGGCCUGAGGGCGAUGAGUGGUGCGACAGUGGCCUGGGCUCGCUGGGCGAGGGGCAACUGGGGCUGCUGCCCGCCAGCCCCGGGCCUGCCAGCCCCGACCCCGAGCAGCCCGGUCUGGCUCUGGGUCCCGUCACGGCGGCUGUAGGUGCCGUCCGCCUCGCUGAGCCCCCCGAGGAGGAGGAGGAGGAGGCGGCGGCGGCGGCGUCGUCGCCGCCGCCGGUGGCCGCCGUGGAGGCCGCGACCUGGCUGCGGCAUGUCCUGGGCUUCCUCACCGAGGACGGCGACACGGCCCUGCACUUGGCCGUCAUCCAUGAGCAUGAGGCUUUCCUGGACUCCAUCCUGCAGUACACGGGUGGCACCGAGUACCUGGACCUGCAGAACGAUCUGGGGCAGACAGCACUGCACAUUGCCGUCAUCCUGGGCCUGUCAGGCUUCGUGCAGAAGCUGCAGGCAGCUGGCGCAGGGCUGUGCGUGCAGGAGCGGGGGGGGCACACGCCGUUGCACCUCGCCUGCCGUGAGGGACGCCGGGGCUGUGCCCGCCACCUACUCGACCCCCCCGGACCCCCCCCGGUGCCCCGUGACGAAGAGGCGCGUGCCCAGCUUGACAGCGUCAACUAUGACGGUUACACCCCCCUCCACGUUGCUGUCCUCCGCAAAGACCUGGAGAUGGUGGAGCUGCUGCUGAGCGCCGGCGCCGACCUCAACAAGGCGGAACCUAGCUGUGGCCGCAGCCCCCUGCACCUGGCGGUGGAGGUGCAGAGCCCUGAGGUGGCCGAGUGCCUGCUGCGUGCUGGUGCUGACCCUGCUGCCCGCAUGUACGUGGGGUACACCCCCCUCUACAGUGCCCGCCACCGCCCCAACCCCCGCCUGCCCCAGCUGCUGCGGGACUUCGGGGCGCAGGAGCCCCCCGGGGACUCCGAGGAUAGCCCCGAUGAGGGCGACAACAGCGAUGAGGAAUACGACGAUAUCGUCAUCAACAGCAGGCGCUGCAUGGACUGAUGGGCCCCCCGACCCCUGCCUGGCCCCCCCCAAGUCUCUCCCUAUUUAUCUGGGGGCUCCCAAUGCCGUUGGCUGGACUUUGGGGGAGCCCCCGCUCCCCCCACCCCAAACCCUGCCACCCCCUGCCACCCCCUCCCCGCAGUCCCGGUUGUAGCGUAGAGAAUUUAUAUCAGUUGUUGUAAAAUAAAGAGG